AUGAGAGCGAAGAAAAAAAAGGAAAAUAAUAAUGCUGCAUAUUGUCAAAGGUAUCGUCAGAAAAUUCAAUUAAAAUGUUUACAAUCAAAAAAUUUUGAUAAAGAAUAUAGAAAAUAUGUAGCAGCGAGGCAAGCAUUAUAUCGAGCAAAGAAGAAACAACAACAAGAACAACAACCAAUACAAUUAACAUCAACAAUUACAGUAUCAAGAAAUGAUCUUCGAAAAGAUGAAGGUAUUCAACGUCGUCGUCAAAACACAAAAAAAUUUAAAUGA